CAUAACCUGACAAACAAGGCUCCAUAGAAAGGAUUAAUCUGAAAAGCUACAAUCGUGCUAUUUUAUGUCAUAAUUUAUUAAUCAUGGACGAUAUCCUACGCCUCUAUUUGGGACUACAAGUCACCAGUUUGUAAAUGCUCGAUUGAGGCAUGUGCCAAAAAGUAAUCUAUAUACUGUAACCCAGGUCUGUGGUUUUGUUCAAAGCAAAACCUUAAAUCCCCAGCAAGAAAAUGUCAGCAACUAUCAGAAUGUGAGGGGUCGCAUAGCCUUACACUACUCAAGGACAGCUGCUUAUCCCAGACUUGUUUUGCUGAGAGAUGCAGACUGCUGGCAAGCAUUCUGUGUUGUGCUGAAUUUGAAGGAAGGAGGAUCUUUCUGAGGGGAAAAGGCAUCAUCAGAUCUUUAAGGGAAUAGCAAGUGAAAGCUUCCAUCAUGGGCACACCUCUACGGAGGAAACCCCCUGCAUUAGAGAGUCUAGGAGAUGUAAAGAUUGUGUUUUUUCCACAAACAGCCUCUUCAAGGAUGGCAGAGGCUGAACUGCAUAAGGAAAGGCUCCAAGCCCUGGCAGAAAAAAGAAAAAGACAAGCUGAAAUAGAUGGCAAAAGAAGGCAGCUGGAGGACCUUAUAUUGCAACUACAGCACCUCAAGUCCAAAGCAACGAGAGAGCGAUGGCUUCUCCAGGGAGCCCCUGCUGCCAGCAAGGAGGAGGAGGAUGCUCGCAGGAGACAGUCAGAGGAGGAUGAGCUCCAGGUGAAGAAGCUGGAAGACAACAUUCACAGAUUAGAGGGAGAGAUCUAUCAAUUGGAACGCGAAGAAUCACAGAUUUCAGCCAAGGAGCAAGUUCUAAGAGAAAAGCUUAGAGAGACUGAAAAAUCCUUUGAGGAUCUUCAGAAAAGUCUUCUGAAGCAAGAUGGAGAUGCGGUGAAUUACAUUUACUCCCAGAUUCCUGAUUUCCCUGAACACUACUCUCAAAGACCCGAGGUGGCUUCUGGAGACGGGCGAAACCCCAGGAAAACUGCAAUGUAUGCAAUGGAGAUUAAUGUCGAGAAAGACAGGCAGACAGGGGAGACCAAGAUCCUCUCUACCUCUGCUGUGAGCCCUGAAGACGUCCACCAGAGAGGUGUGAAGGUCUAUGAUGAUGGGAGAAAGGUGGUGUAUGAGGUUCGCUCAGGAGGAGCCCCCACCUUAGAGAAUGGUGUCCAUCCCUGGAGCUCCACCGAUGUUGAUGAGCUGAUGCAGCGAGUAGGACAGUCUCAGACCAAAGGAGACUCAGGUUCUCCUAGAGUCCUGGCCACCACUAGUGGUGGCUACCCAGGACCAAAGGAACAGAUGGUCCAUAAGGAAGCCAAGUUGGAGAUGGUGCGCAACCCCCAUGGCAGGUUGGUGGCUGGAGAUCCCAAGUAUGGUGAUGAGGUGACAGAAGUGCCAGUGGCCACUUCAGAGAAGCCAGUAACCAUGAUUUUUAUGGGCUAUCACAAUGUAGAGGAUGAAGAGGAAACCAAGAAGCUACUGGGUUUUGAUGGCACCAUUAAGGCCGAGAUUGUAUUGAUUGACGAAGAUGAUGAGAAGUCCUUGCGAGAGAAGACGGUCACUGACAUCUCUACAAUGGACGGCAAUGCUGCAGACCUGGUGUCUGGCCGGCCCCUGUCAGAUACCACUGAACUGUCCUCUGAAAGCAAAGAUGAAAGCUCGGCCAAGGAAGCACAACCUGCAGGCCCAGAAGAUGUUUUCUCAGGACUAUUGACUGCAGAGAAUGUAUCUUCUUCUUGCAACCCAUCCAAAGCCCUUCAUACAGCACUGAAAUCUUCCUCCAGAACAAUAGAGGAUGACACUGAGCUGAAGAAGGAAAGACCCUUGAAGAGUGUGAGUUUCUUCGACUCUGUCAGUGUUACAACUGGAAGCAAACGCAAAAUGGAAUGUGAAUCACCCUUUUCUGAAUCCCAGUCAGAGAAUCAGCAUAACUGCAUUCCCAGCAGUGGCCAAAAUGGCAUGAAAAACAGACAUGAGUCACUAGAUAGUGAUGUUGCCAAGGAGAUACGUUAUCUUGAUGAGGUGUUGGAAGCCAACUGCUGUGAUUCAGUUACUGAGAGCACUUUGAAUGGAACCUCUUCUCCUGAACCAAAUGCAAUCAACAUUGAGGGCUCAGGACCAUCUGUACAUGUUUCUGGUGGGUCAUCACCAUUUACCAAUGAAGUUAUAUUAGUAGAGAGGAGGCCAAUGCCCCUUCUAGAAAACCAAGAUUCCAGCCAGGUGAAGCCCAAUGGUCACUCGGGAAUAGAUGAGCAGGAUUACAAGAAAUUGUCAGGUGAACCAGUUUUGACAACCAUCAAGAAAGAGGCCCGGUUUGAGCUACGGGCUUUCCAAGAGGAGAAGAAGCCAUCCAAACUCUUUGACAGCAGUUUAGAGAAGGAGUGCAUCCGGGUAAAAAAAAUCCGGCCCUCAGAGGAGAUCGCAGAGCUAGAGAGGGAGAGGAGGGAGCUAAUUAAGAGCCAGGCAGUAAAGAAAAACCCUGGAAUUGCUGCCAAAUGGUGGAAUCCUCCUCAAGAGAAGACAGUAGAAGAACAGCUAGAUGCUGAUCAGUUAGAAUCAUAUAAGAAGUAUGAAGAACGUAAGCAAAAGAAGCCUGAAAUAUUACAUGUGCCACAAACAUCACCUAAGCAGACAGUUGCCUCUAUUGUGCCACCAGAGCCUACCACAGUCAAGAAGGAAGACAUUGUCACAAAACAGAUUGACUUCUCAACAGCACGGAAGCAGUUUUUGUUGAUGGAAAACUCCAAGCAGCCUGUUGCUCCAAAAAGAACCGUGGCUCCCAAACUUUAUUCUGCCAAACCAUUUUCCAGAGCACCAGAGGUUACCCAUGUGGAGAAAGCAACCAGCUCCAUAACAGUGGAAAGCCCUGUCAAAGGCCAAGUCAAACCUGUGCAUGAGGAGGUCAGCGAAGUAACCACAGUCAAAGCAGAGAAGAUAUAUUGCAUUCCAGAAGACACAGAUGUAAAAGAGUCAUCUACACCCAGUGAUGUGAAAGAAAGCAACAAGGAUUGGAUGGAAGAUGGAGAUUUUACAUGUGCCCGAGCAGUAAUGACUAUAUUGAAAGAUGAAGAUUCCGAAAUAUAUACUUUACAACAGUCAGUGAAUACAUCCUACCAUCCAGAGGAGAUUGAUUCAGGAUUAGAUGACCUCUCUCUCAGGUCACAGGACACUACUGUCUUGGAGACCCUGUCUAAUGACUUUAGCAUGGAUAAUGUGAGUGAUAGUGGAGCUUCCAAUGAGACCAUGAAUGCCUUUUUGGAAAACUCCCUAGGAGAUUUCUCUUUCCCAUCAACCCCACAAGUCACAACACCAGUUGAUGGCAAAAUGGAAGGGGGAGCCAAAUCACCCAAUGAACACAGUGUUUCUGUACUUCAGUCUUCCUAUCAAGGAGCCAUUCUGACAGAGGACCAGCUGGAAUACCAUGCAGGUAUCUUGGUCCAAAAUGCAAUCCAGCAAGCUAUUGCUCAACAGACAAAUGAAUUGGAAGCACAGCAGUUGACCCCAGCUCUCAGCACAGAAAAGCAUGUGGAAGUCACUGAAAACCCAUUUUCAUCCUCUGAAGAGAAGUCUAAUUUUGAGACACCCCAGGUCUCAUCUCCAUUGCAACAAAAGACAGACAAUGAGCCAUCUCAGUUGUCAACUGCAAUGCAGGAAAACAGAGAUGUUGAACCAUGCCAGGUGUCACCUUUAAUGCAGGAAAAGAGAGGCCAAGCUCCAAAGAUUACAGUUGAGACAACAGUAGAUGCUACAGAAACCAUUACACCUCUGGUCAUUGGCUCCAACCAGUCCCCUCCUAAAAAUGACCGGCAAGAGUUUAGCUACUUCAGCAAAUACUCUCAGGCAGCUGAGCUCAGAAGUACAGCCUCAGCAACGAGGGCACAAGAGACAGAGGUCAGCGCUGGGCCCUUCAAGUUGCGUUCCAAGAAGCAAAGAACUCUAUCCAUGAUUGAGGAGGAGAUCCGUGCUGCCCAAGAACGGGAAGAAGAGCUGAGAAGACAACGACAGAGCUUGAGCACCGCUCCAAGCCCCAUUAAGAAAAGUGGUAGCUUGCCUGCCAGAUUAACACUCACAGGAAAGACAGCACCAGGGAAGAUUGAAAAAAUUCGAUCUGUCCCACCUACCUCCCCCUCGUCAGAAGGUCCUCUGCCGUCUCCUCUCUCAGACCAGGGCAGUGACGAAUCAGGGGGUAGCCAGCGUCCAAAGAACUUCAUGCAGACCCUGAUGGAGGAUUUCGAGACACAUAAAGUGAAACGGCGAGAGAAGGUGGAGGAUGCAAGUGUGCUGGAGGCAACAAGAGUGACUCGAAGGAAAAGUUCCAUGGCACUACGGUGGGAAGCUGGGAUAUACGCUAACCAAGAAGAAGAAGAAGAAGAAGAAUAAAUUGAUCCCCCCCCCCCCCCCCACACUCACAUGACAAUCACAGAGAGAUGCCCAGGAUUGCAGUGGACAGCUUUGACUCCCACACGUUUAUUGGUGGAAAUGGCAGAUCUACCAUGCAAGACAACAGAGGCACCCUGAAGACAAAGGCCUUCUUCAUCAUUUCAAAGGUCCUCGGUUCAGGGGGAUGAACUGAAAGACUAUGCAAAGGGGGUGGAGGGGCGUCUUUUUCCUGCUUCAGGUUUUUCUUUUUUCCGUUUUAGUGUGCUGAAGCGCUGAGAAUGUGCAAAAGUGAACUGCAAAGAAAAGUGAAGCUAGUUGCUCACUUUUAAAGGCAAUUUCAAGAUUGUGGAUUGCUUUGAACAUAAAAGCCUAACUAGUCAGCUGACUUUGAAACCAUCCCAUUGAAGAAGCCUGUAGUCCAGAGCAUGUGACCUAGAGAAAGAGCUGUCUUGGGUCAGGUUGCCUUCUUUCAUUUAAAAGACUUUAUUCUGAGGUCGUAUUGUCAGUUUCUGAAAAAAUGAAGUUAAAUGAAAAGGGCAAAGAAACCACUCACAUACAAUAAAUGAGCAAAAGAAAAUCACACACAAAAAGGACAAAACAUUUUGUGGAAUGAUGCCAUUUUACAGUAGAUAUGUAUGCCAAUUACUCAAUAAAUUAGAACAUAAAGAAAAACAACAUUUAAUGUUAGUACCCAGUGGCAAAGUCUUGAUAAUCAUACCUUCCUAUCCAAAUGUGGAUGUCUCCAGAAUGAUAUAGAAGUUCAUGUAAAAAUAUACAUUAUUGACUGAAGACUUUUUUAUUAUUGGCACAUUUUGGAACACAUCAAAUUGUGUAGACAUUGUACUUUUUAUACAGUACUUUUUCUAGAGAAAGUAAUACAAAAACAUUAAUAUUCAUGUUUUUUUUAAUAAUGAUACUUUAAAAAUGACUGAAAAAAUGCACAUCGUCGUAUUGAUAUUGAAUUGUUGCCUUUAGUGGCUCAAAAAAAAAGUCCAACUGUAGUUGAGAACAGAGAGGAGGAGAAAUCCUAAUCUGCCUGCCAGGUUGUGAAGGACAGUUAGUAAAAGAAAUGUCAUGAUACCGAAUCAUACAAUAGGCAUUGGAGAAUCUGAUAACUGAUUCCCACUGUGCCAUUGGGAUUAGUGGACCCCUAAAGAUGACCAGACUGAACAGUUAUACAUUGUGAUUUAGAUUAUACUGCUCCCAUACUAAAGUCUCAUAAAGUGUUUUUAAUGACAAAAUAAUACCUUAUGAAUUAUGAAUCCUUAUAAUUAGAAAUAUUUUUUUUUACAUUUGUCUUACAUGUUUUUGUGUUUGGGCUCCUAAAGCACUGGAAAGAGCUGUUUUAGUUUCAGCUGUCACCUUUCCAUAGCAGUACUGAUAGCCAGACAUGUUGUUAUUAAGAUGAAGGAUUGUUUUAACAAUCUUAAGUUGGAUCUUGAUUUCUUUGCCUUCUUUCAUGGGUCAUUAUUUAUGUGCAUUUAUUUUUGUUUAUGGGUUAUGUCGAAAGACAAACACAAACAAAGUGUGUCCAAGUGAUAUUAUUCAGAGUUCUGCAAUCUUAAUCUUAAAAUGGGCUUUUAAAAUUACACAUGAAGCAGUCCAUUUGUAGACACAGGUUGCAGGAUUAUCAUAGUUCUCUUCAUUAUGGUCUAUUUUUCUAUAAUAUGCACAACUUAUUAUAUUGGUGUUACUUAACUUUGUUUUUUGUGAGUUUAUAUUCAGGUGUUCCACUCCCUGGUGAAAACAGUCAAAUGCUCAAAAAGUAACUUCAUCCAACAGUUCUAAUGGUUCUGGAAGAAAAGCGUUAAGUGGCUUCUUUAUGAUUGACUUAUACAGGUUGUUCAUUUGAAUGGUUUUUUUCCUGCCACAUCUAGGUAAUGUGCAAUGCAUAGAUUGUCAGAACACUAAAAGCAGGCUUGUUAAUAGUUAGAAAUAGUUAGAAAAUUAAGAAUGACAGGUGUAAUUAACAUAUAAGUAGGACGCCUAUCUAUGGGAAAAAUCUUGGUUUUUUUUAGGAAGCUUCACUCUGGCUGUCUGAUACAUAUAUACUGUAUAUAUCCACCUGCAGGGCAGCACAGGAAACAGACUGUGCCAAGCAGAACAGUUCUCGGAAGAGGAUGUUCAUUUAGCAGGAUGCAUAGCUAUUUCAUGUUAUGGGGUUUGGGUGGGUUACUCUGAACAGACCACCUUGCUAUCACUAGAACAUACUAAUAAUCUGCAGAAAGAGAAACAGCUCAGUGCAGAGUGCUCUAAUCUAGCAGAAUUUAUCACAUUGGUAGAUUUGAUUAUACACAUGAGAAUAAGAAAAAAACGUUUUUCAGGGAUGACAAAAGCCAGUAAAAUGGCCUAAGACUUUUCAAUUGUUUUUAUUCAGUAUCUAAAAAUAUUACAGCUCAGACAUCUGAACUUUGAGCAGGAUACUUGUCAUACUUAUAACAAUACAUCUGAGCACUUGUGCAAAAACAUUACUUGCCAAUUUAUAAUGAGUUAACAGUUUUGUGCUACGCAAUAAACCUGGACUAUUAUUAAUAAAUCACAUUUUAUUCAUAAAUUAUACUCCUAAACAAAAAACAAUCAAACUACUUAAAGAAUGAAGACUACCCAAAUGUUUAGGAAUUAUUUUGGAUAAUUAUAGCAGGUUUCUCUAAAGUUGUUGUCAUAUAGCCACAUUACCAAAUUAAACUCAAAUUAAAUACAUACAGUAUUUUAAUGUUGGGCUUGUAGUUUCUAAACUGGUGUUAUUAUGCUGUUUCUUGUAGAAAAUUCAGAAUCCUUAUGUAGAUUAUUGCAACCAGCAUAUUACACUUACUUAAAAAACAUACAAUAUGGAAAGUAGUAGGUGAAAAUAUAUCUGAAAGUAUUAAAUUCAAUAUUACCUCACUUUGUAAAAUGAGAGUUUUGUGGCCUUUAACAAACAUCUUCUGAUAUUCUUUUAAAUCUAUAAAAGUCUCUUUCAGCUCUCCCAUAUUCCCACUCUUUAAAACUCCAGCAUUACAGUUUUGUGUUUACAAUGCAAUGUACUGUAUUUAACUUUUAAGGAAGACUUUGUCUUGUGGAUAGGGCUUAGUUUCUCAUUUUAUGAUUGUAAACUACAGCAUGUACAGUAGGUUCCCCUCCAUAAAAUAUUUUUCUCACUGACAGGGACACUUUGUAUAAACAUUAUUGAGGCAAUAAAUUAUGAUUUUGUGCAUGUUUGUUGAGUACCUGAAAUAUCAGUUCAGGAUUACUCAAUCUUUUUACUAAUAUUUGCUGGAAAAUGUUAUAUCAAAUUAUUAGAUAUGAAGUGAAAAAUAGAUUUGGUAAUUGUUGAACUCAAUUGAUAGGUCCUGUUGAACUCAGGACUUAUUCAUCUUCAAGGAAGCCUCAGAAUAAAGAAACCCUUGGCCAACAUCUGAGGAGUGAGAUUAUAUCAAACUAGGAAGGGUGUCACCUUUCCAAAACCUGCUUUGGAUACUAUAAAAAGAAUGGAAUACAACUUAAAGAAAAUGGAUUACAGUUUCGCACAGACUUGUUUUGGGGUUUUCUGUUGUCAGAAUGGAAAGUCUGAAUUGGGAGUUCUUCCGAUCCACCGGAUUCAAAUGAAAAGAAACAAACUGAUUGAUUGGAUGACCCACAAGGAGCCCCUGAAAUUGCUAUCUCCAAUAGCAUUUAGAGGAAAAUUAUGUUUUUUAUUCUUUCUGUUUUUACAGUAUGUGCAUUUGUGAGCAGCAUUCCAAAGGACACUGCUCGUUUAAGUAACACAAAGGCAACUUUGAUGUUACUGUAUUUUCUGGAUUAGUCGGGUAAAUGCAUUUUUAUGACUUUUAAAUUUGUUUUUUCAAUUUGCAGCAAAACCCAUAAUUUCGAAGUGCACUAAAACACCAUACAUGAUUCCAAUUACCAAAACAACAACACGAAUUAAUGGCAAAAUCAUGUUUUUUAAAGUAAACUGUAAACACUAAUUUCUAGAUGAGAAAUGGUAAUGAAUUGGCUUACAUGUUUUUUUGGGGGAGGAUUCUUCAUGUUUCAGAAAUUGCAUUUACUGUAUGUGGCAAAUGAUCAUUAGAUAAAGAGUUACUGAGAUUCAACAUCAUAAUCCAGGGGUUUUCAACUAUUUCUUUUCAAAUAUUUAUUUUCAACUAUUCCCAGUUGAAAAACCUUUUAAAACAAAACCCACUAAAUAAGGACCUUUACACAGAAAACUGAAGCCUAUAGGUUUGAUUAAUAUUGCUUAUACUAAAUACAGAUAGACAGUGCCAGAUUUCCCAUUAGGCGCUGAAGGCACAGUGCCUACAGCCUACGAAAUUUUUAGGGCCUACGAAUCUAGAAGUAUCGAAGUGAUGGUCACUCAACUCGCUCCAUCAAUCGUAUGGUUUAGCAUUAGAAUAGUUAAAAGUGCAUC